UAUACUGAAAUAACCGGGAGACAUUGGCCAGAAUGUUGAAAAACAUUUGCGUUACACAGUUAAAUUUGCUAAGACGAGCACCCAGCUUACAGCAGCAAGUGCGGACCACGUUCGUCUUGAAGCGCAAAUAUGAACCGUUGUUACACAAGACCAAUGAGAAACCACGACGAAUGCGUGCAAAGCAUUUCAUCUACGAGCUGGUGGAGGAUACGUUGGUUAAGAAGCGCCCCAACAUGGAGGUGGUGCUCAAGACUUUUGUCGAGGGCGUUGGCGACAAAGGCGAUAUCGUCUCCAUGAAGCCCAAUUUUGUGUACAACAAAUUGUUGCUGCCCGGAUUGGCGACCUACAAAACACCCGAAUCCAUUGCCAAGUAUUCCAAGACGGAAGCCGAAAAGUCGGCAGUGCAACACAGUUCAGCGUAUGCGCAACGGACGGUGAAUAUGCUGGGGUCCAUCGUGCUGGCGGUUGUUAUGAACAAGGACGAACCUUGGGUGCUGGAGCCGUGGCACAUUAAGGCAUCGCUGCGCAAGGCGGGCUUCCACUGCAAGGAGGAGUGCAUUCGUUUGCCCAAGGAGCGCAUCGAGGGACCCGACCUUAAAAAGGAGAACAAGGAAUUCUGUUGCACGAUAACGAUCAACAAAUUGGAACAGGCAACGCUCAGGUGUCGCAUCCAUCACUGGAGCACCGAUCCCAGCGAGCGUUUACCCUACGUCCUCGAGCACUGGAAGCUGCCAGCGGAACCACUGCUCAAUGUGGGCCAGCCGGAAACAGAAUCAACUCAGAAGAAUGCUUAAGUGAAUGUUAUAGUUAAUAAAAACUGUUUGUAUUUUA